AUGGUGAACAUCACAAUCUGGGCUGGCGGUUACGACGUCUUCAUCGCUGCAUAUAUCUUCAACACAGCGACCUCGUCUUUAACGCUCGCCAACACCUUCCCCUCUGGCGCGAGUUGCUCGUGGAUUACUGGUCACCCUACCAACAGCAGUAUUCUAUAUGCCACAAACGAACUUGAACCGACUGGAGCACUGCAAUCGUUCGACAUACUCCCAAACAAUGUUCUUUCGCCUGCUGUCGACACUAUCACAUCCAGCGGGGCGGACCCAGCUUUCGCUGCUGCUGUCAAUGGCGGACGCGAAAUCGCCAUCAUGAACUACUCGAGUGGCAACGGACGCAUUAUCCCGACCACAACCUCGCCAGAAAAAUUCGACAAUAAUGCACCUGUCAUCACGUUUCCUGUUCCUCCAGGCGGCGUCUCACAUCCACAUAUGGCUGUCCAGUUUGGAAAGGAGAUAUUCGUCCCCGACUUGGGUGCAGACAUGAUUUGGCGACUUAGUCCAAGUGGCAAAGCUGGCGUCUAUUCUAUCACUGGCCAAAUUCCGCAGCCCACAGGAAGUGGCCCUCGCCAUAUGCGUAUCAGCAACGAUCGUCUCUAUACUCUUCACGAACUCAGUUCAACCCUAACAGUUCAGACGAUACCAUCGUACCCCAACGGCACUUCGCAUAUCAUCUCCACCGCUUCCAUCAUUCCACCCAACCCUCCUUCCAGCGCAGAGUGGGCUGCAGGUGAAAUACUCAUCCCGGCCGCUUCCCAGUCUUUCCCAAAGCAAUAUAUCUACGUUUCGAAUCGCAACACCGGAGUCCAAACGCCGACUGGCGAUUCUAUUGCUAUCUUCGAAAAUGUCGGUCAAGGCACUGCCCGUGAGCACUUGAAGUUGGUCACUCAAGUAUUCACUGGACUGGACCAAAUACGUGGGAUGGAAUUCUCGCGUGACGGCAGAUAUUUAGUUGCGGCUGGGAAGGCCGGCGACGCUGGUGUUGUGGUUUACGAGCGGGUUGAUGGCGGGCGAAACUUGAAGGAACUGGCGAGGAACAAGGAUAUACCAACAAGAACGAGCUUCGUUUGGGGAGAAGCUUAG